AUGGAGUAUAUGAAUAGGACUUUUCAUCAGUAUUUGGAUAAGUUUGUGGUGGUAUUCAUUGACGACAUUCUAAUUUAUUCGAAGACUAAUGAGGAGCGUGUUGAGCCUUUGAGAAUUGUUUUGGAGUUGUUGAAAGAGAAUAAAUUAUAUGCUAAGUUAUCUAAGUGUGACUUUUGGUUAAGAGAAGUGAUUUUUCUUGGCCACGUAAUUUUUAGUGGUGGUAUUACGGUUGAUCCUUCGAAGGUUGAUGAUGUGUUGCAUUUGGAGACUCUGAAGUUUGUUAUGGAGAUUAGAAGUUUCCCUGGGUUAGUUGGUUAUUAUCGUAGAUUCAUAAAAGGUUUUUCGAAGUUGGCAGUGCAUUUGAGUCAAUUGACUCGAAAGGGUCAAACGUAUGUGUGGGAUGUUGCUUAUGAAGGGAGUUUUGUAGAACUCAAGAAAAAGUUGACGACUGCUCCAGUUUUGAUUCUUUCAAGUACAACCGAACCUUUUGUUGUGUAUUGUGAUGUUUCUAAGACAGAUCAAGGUGGUGUGUUGAUGUAG